GUACACAAACAGGGUGGAUAAACCUAGAGAGCAGUGCAGGACUUCAACAAAAUGAACUUUUAGCCACAGUUUUAGCUAGAUAAAAUAUGUUUAUAGGUUAUCUUUGGAAGGUUAACGAUUCGUGUAACUCGUCUAAUAAACUUUUACUCGUAAAUGGACGCUAAUUAACUAACUUAUAGCUAUUUAUAACAGAGGCUACAUGAGUGUCUCAGUGCUUCUGCAGCAUGCUGGAAGAAGAAGCAGAGACGGGAGAAACAUCCCGGUUAGACCCGUGUGUGAACAGUCACAGACCCGCAUCAGGGAAGUCACAGGACAUUUCUCAUGUGUUAGCAAGCACUUUCAAGGACCUUUACAUAAAAGACAGCAUUGGGAAAGACACUGUGUCCAACCUCAUCAAGACAAAGAAUGGACGAAGCGGCUACCAUGAAAGAUAUGUUGAAGAGCUUCAACAGGCUCAUUCUGAAUACAGCCGGCGUAUAAAAGAGGCUGACAUGCUGGAGAGUCAUAUAAUUGAGGCCAGAGCUCGGGCUGCAGCCACAGAAAGCCAGGCCUACGAGAGGAUGAAAGAGGAGAUGGGAGCUCUUUACGAUUACCAGGGCUUCCUCACACUCAAAUCAGCGUACUCCUGGUGCGUAGACAGCGAUCUUCUUGAAAUGAACAACCUGAUUUCCCCCCGGGACUACUUACCUACACAAAAACCCCGUGUGCGAGCACCAGCUCCAAUAAAAUGGAAUCCUGGCAAAACAACCAUUUCCUACGCCAUGCACGUGUCAAGGAAGCCUCAGGAUGAUGGUUAUACUCUAAUGCCCAGUCCAGAGAAGAUCAUCCCAGAAAUGAAUAAGUCAGAUCUCAGCCUGACCUUCGAAUCCAGCUCGGUUACCCCAAAGAGGAAGAAAAGUCCCAGAGAGAAGCCCAACCAGACCAAACCCAGACCAAAGUGGAAGGAUGAGCCAAGUGCAAAGGAUCGGGAAGAGGGAUGGGAAAGGCUUCAGAAGCUGAAAGAUCGAAACAGCUACCUACGCAAUCCUCGCUUCCUUCCUCUGAACGCACAGCAGGGCGGCACGUCCCUCGUCCGGCCCAGGACCAAAACGGGGAAGACGGAGCAUGUGAGGAAAGGGAUGGAAGAGCAAAGCUCCACUGACGUCCCAAUCUUCCUCGCAAAACCUUCAUUGGUGUUUUUCACUGACUACGGUGUGGGACAUGUUUAUGAGACUACACUGGAGCUGAAAAACGUGACCUCUGCGAGCCGUACGGUCCGUGUCAUCCCUCCUACCACUCCUUACUUCUCUAUUGGCCUGGGGAGAUUCCCUGGCGAGAGCGGUGUUGUCGCCCCGGGGAUGAGCUGUAAGUACUCAGUGCGUUUCGCUCCAGACUCCCUGGGGGACUACGAGGACUUCAUAGUGGUGGAGUCCCAGGCUGAACACCUGCUCGUGGUGCCCAUCGUGGCCAGUAGACCCCCUCCGAUACUCACACUACCGAGAGUUCUGAACUGUGGUUGUUGUCUGAUCGGAGGAGUAAAGUUUGUUGAGUUCCCGUGCCAAAAUGUCGGCCUCAGCGCCGGGACCUUCUGCAUCAUCCCCAAGAACCAGUGGCCGGCCUCGAACCUCAGGUCUGUGGUCAGAACUUACUUCUCUGAGCAGCCACCCUUUGCAGUCAGCCCGUCUCUUUUUGUCCUGCAGCCGGGAGAGGGCAUUACGGUGGAGGUGGUGUUCUUUCCCAACACUGCUGAGAAGAGCUGUCAGGUGUUCACUGUUGUGUGUGACAACUGCCAGGUGAAAGACGUUUCCAUUGAAGGUGAGGGCCAGCUGAUUGCCCUUGAGCUCGUGUCUGUAUCUGGGAAGAAGGAGCCUGCUGUGGUGGGAGAAGAUCACGACCUCACUGCAGAGCACUUUGUCCGUUUCGGCCCUUGGAACCCUCACGCUGUGCAACAAAAAAAAGUCAUCAUUAGAAACAAUGUCCACUUGGAGCUGCCGUUCCACUGGCAGAUCAUGAAGCCCAACCUGCUCCCUCUGCUUCCAGGGGAAACCCCAGAGCCCUCCCACAUCCAGUUCCACCCGGCCACAGACGAUGUUUUCCACGUCAGCCCCCUAACAGGGGUUCUACCCCCCUGCCAGGAACAGGAGUUUCUGUUCACCUUCUGUCCUAAAGAGUUGAAGGACUACCACAGUGUCUGUCAUUUAGUCCUGAGGGACGUCCCCCAGCUGCCACCAGAGCCCAGUGACGACGGCGUCCUUCAGCCUGUGCGCACCGGGUCCAAGUUAGGCGAUGUCAUCGUCAUGGAGAUAGAGGUCAAGGGGUCAACGGAGCCGUACCAGGUCCUACUGGAGCCCUACGCUGUUGUAAUUCCCGGAGAGAUUUUCAUUUGCACAACCACUCGCAGGCAAUUCAAGAUGUGGAACCACAGCAAAACCUGCAUCUUUUUUCAAUGGGAGAGAAUGAGCAGCAGCAUCCACAUCAUAGAAGUAGAGCCCUCUGCUGGUGGAAUAGAGGAGAACGAGUGUCUUGAUUUCGACCUGAUUUUGAUCGGAGGGAAAACAGAGAGGGUUGUGACGAGUCUAGUUUGCCACAUAGAGCACCGCCACGAGCCCAUCACUUUGGCCGUGGAGGUCUCUUUUAAGGGUCCCAUAGUGACCCUCAGUGUGCCCAGUGUGGAGUUUGGGCUCGUGAGGCUUGGGGAGCAGACCCAGACCACGCUGCUCCUCACUAACAUCAACCAGCUGGAGGCCCCCUGGAUGCUGAUGGAGAGGCGUAAUACUCAGCAGGACCACCAAGACACACAGAUCUCAGUGGAGCCACACAGAGGUGUGCUGCCCCCGUUGGCCUCUUGCAGUGUGGAUGUGCUGUUUAGUCCCCGUUUCAGCCAGCGAUAUGAAACAGAGCUGGAGCUGAAGGUGGAGAAUGGAACAGGAUGUCACCUGUCGGUGCGAGCAGAUGUGCAGUCUCCUCAGGUGUGUCUGCUCAGCUGUGAGCUGCUGCUCUCUGAACUCUAUGUUGGAGUUCCUGCCAAGGCAACCGUGACGCUCUUCAACCAGACCCUGCUGCCGUCACACUUCAGCUGGAUGGCUCAGCUCCAGAGUAAACAGGCUGAACUGUGUACAGCCAGUUUUGACCCCUCAUCUGGUACUCUGGGACCUAAUGCCAGUUUGGAGAUCACAGUUAACUUUGUCUCUUACACAAAUCUGGAGCUGCCUGAGGUGGCUGCUCUCUGUGAGGUCCAGGGGAUGAACUCUCCUCUUGUUCUUAGCAUCGUGACUUCCAAAACCAAGAAACUCAGUGUGUCCUACUCGCUGCCCAGUGUCUGCUCUCCCCCAGAUGACGAGAGCCCCUCAACACUGUUACUCAACUUUGGAGAUGACGUCAUUUUGAAGAGAGCCAUCACUAAGCAGUUAUUGGUAACCAAUCAGACUCCCAUCCCUGCCCCUUUCACCAUAGAGGCAGAGUAUUUCACCUGCCAUGCCUCAGAGCCACAUAAGCAGUCAGAGAAACGAUUCACGUACGUCAAGAAGCCGCUUCACUCUGCCCAAGCCAAGAAUGUAGAAGAAAAAGCACACAAGGAGUUUGUGAGCAGCCUAAUGGGUCAUGGAAAAGGUGCAGCGUUCUUUGUCCUGCCCGACGCUGGGACGCUGGGACCUUUUGAGACCCAGACUGUGGACGUCACUGCCUACACUGACAUGUGGGGGGAAUACAGAGAUCACCUCAUAUGCAAAGUCGGGGACCUCGAGCCCACGCUCAUUCCGGUUCAGAUGACAGUGACAGGAUGCCCGCUCUACUUCCAACUGACAGGCCCACGUCCAGAUGACCAGAACCGGGGCCCGACCACACAGUUUGGCACUCAUGUAUCCGGAGGUGACACGGUGUCUCGUUCUCUUCGCAUCAACAACCCCACCAUGUUUGAUAUUCGCAUGGACUGGAAAACAUAUAACGUGGAUCAGAAUGACCGUAAACUGGUGGAUCUUGUGGUGACAUACGGAGAUGCCUUCCCAGUUAAAGACGCCGAUGGCAACGAGGUGUUGAGUGGAGCGUUGAGGAUUUCUGGUGGGAACAUUCAAACAGCCUGGGAGAGAAACAAGACCCCAGGCUCUGAGGGAACGAGCUCCUCCCUCCGAAGCAUCACUAGCGGAGCAGAGGAGGAAUAUGUAUCUGAAGAUGACUGUGAGGAAGAGAAAACCUGUCUUUAUCCCUCUCCUGCAAAGAAAAAGCUCUUGUCUGUCCACAUCAUACCUCAUGUGGGCAACCUCUCAGAUUACCCAUACUGCAUCACACCCCAGCAAAUAGUGAUUCCAGCGAAGAGCAGCAGCACCAUCCACGUGUCUUUCACUCCUUUGACUCUGUCCGGGUCGGGUUGUGAGUCCAGAUGUGUGGGCCUGGCUCUGGGCUUCAUGAGUCUAGACUCCAAGAUGGCUGCCUGUGUCCCGGGGAAGGUUGGGAGAGCUCAGGGUUUGGAUUUGGAGCCUGUCAAAAUAGAUCUACUAGCAGUCGUUAAGCCUGCAGUGCUGUUGGUGCAGACGGAGGAGGACGAGGGGGUGCUGGAGUUUCACGCCUCAGCCGGUGAUUUACUGAGAGCAGCAGAAUCCGAGGAGAUGCUAGUUCGUGAAUUUGACAUCACUCGGGCCCUUCGGCUAAAAAACACCUCAGGAAUGCCCCUUCACUUCAGACUGGGGACUCAGCCUCCAUUUAUAGUGCUCAAGCCGCAGCCUCGGGCCCGGACCAGCACCUCCAGCAACCCGCCUACUGGUGACGGCCAGUCUCUGGUGCUGCAGCCACAACAAAGCAUGCAGGUGAAGGUGGCCUUCCACUGCUCCCUGUCCCUGCUGGACCACGAAGACCAGGCAGAUGAGGAUGUCCCUCCCGGGGUAACGUUGAUCCAUCGUGCGAGAGGAGGAAGGAAGCUGAGGUUCCAGCAAAACCUCCUGAUUCACUACAGCAACAACAGCCUGCAGACGGUGCCUCUCUGUGCCCAUUUGGAUCUUGCUACAAUGCGUCUGUCCAGCGACAGCAUCAACUUUGGGUUCUGUUACGUGGGGCAGACGCAGAUAGUAGAAGUCAGCCUCUACAGCCAAGGAGCCCACACCUACUGGAAAUCAUGUAUAGAGUCAGAUGAAGGAGACUACCAUGUGUUCAGAGUGACACCAGACUUCGGACUUCUCAGGUCAAAGGAGGUUUACGUCAGCAGCUGCAUCCAGAUCAGCUUCACUCCCAGUGAGUCCAGAGAGUUCAGGGCCGUUGUGGUGAUCCGGUCUCCUCUGGUGAAGACCCCCCUCACUGUGCAGCUCCAGGGAACUGGAUCCUUUGAUGAAGUGUACAGGUCCAACUAGAUCACAGUCACACAAUCACCCCACUGCUAAUUAACCUGCUAUUCAACAUGUUUAUACGUCCUUUUGUAAGAAUGUAAAUAAAUUUAAAGAACAACUUGUCAGGUCUCUCAGUUAAUUAUGAACAUGUGACUGGAUCUCUAUCUAGACAAUUAAUAAUAAUAAGUAUAUGUUGAGACUUAAAGGUACUAUGAAGAACUUUAAUUUGGUGUUGAUUUUGGUGCUUUUGGAUGUUUUAUUAAAGGAAUGUGUAUGAAACUUA